AUGAACGUUUCAGUGGACUCGCUGACUAUCACGGUUGCUGGAGGUCGCAGGCUCCUCUCGGAUGUGAGUUGCCUUGUGCAGCCUGGCGACAUGGUAGCGCUCAUGGGACCAUCAGGAGCAGGUAAGACCACCCUGUUGAACAGCCUGGUCGGCAGAAGCAUUAUGGGAAGCAUCGAUGGAGGUAUCAGCUACAACGGCAAGAGCCUGCAGAAAGUGCGGAGCAACAUUGGCUAUGUGACCCAAGAUGACAUCAUGUAUGAGACCUUGACGCCCCGCGAGAAUCUGACAUUUGCAGCAUCCUUCAUCCUGCCUAAGCUUUCAAAAGACCAGCAGAAGGAGGUUGUCGAAGAAGUCAUCAUGAAGCUGAACUUGGCCAAAUGUGCUGACACCAUCGUGGGCUCGCCUGGGCUUGUGCGGGGCAUCUCUGGCGGAGAGCGGAAGCGCACAAACGUUGGCCUGUCCUUGAUUGGCAAGCCUGCGCUGCUGUUACUGGACGAGCCCACCAGUGGCUUGGACUCCAAGAUGUCGGACUCUCUCAUGAAAGACGUGAAGACUGUGGCAGAAACCGGCUGCACCUGCAUUGCCACGAUCCAUCAGCCUUCAGAGAUAGUCUUCGGUCGCUUUGACAAGGUCUUGCUGCUGGCUUCUGGCAAGACUGCGUAUUAUGGACCCAUCAAGGGCCUCCGCGAUUCCCUGGGCAAUCUGGGCUUCCCCUGUCCACCUGGCACACCUUUGCCGGAAUUGCUGCUGGAUGUCCUUGAGAAGCCUGGGGAGAACGUAGACGCAACAGACCACGAGAAGAAGCUGGAGGGCUUGAGGAUGCUGACUGACUCCAGUGUCAAGGAUGACACCGUCUUCAGCCCAGGCGGUUCUGAGGUGCCGCCUGCCAGGCGCGCUGGCUUCUGUGGACAGCUGGCCACGCUCUUUCAUCGCGAGGUGGUGAACGUGAAGCGCAACAAGACUUUGACCAUCGUGCGAGCUGUGCAGUCCAUCGCAGCCGCUCUGCUCAUCGGCCUGAUCUUCGUGCAGCUCGAGCGGAACAUGUCCAGUAUCCAGGUUCGACUCUUUGCCAGCUUCCUGUUGGUCUUCACACAGUUCCUCUUUGCCAUCCUGGGCGUUGCUAAUGCAUUUCCAGCCGAGAGAGCUGUCUUCCUGCGCGAAACACAGGACAAGCUCUACCAUCCAGCAGCUUUCUAUUUGGCCAAAGUGGCAAUUGACACCGUCUUGCAAAGCACUUUUCCGAUCCUGGUGGUUGCAGUGGCCUACCCAUUGAUCGGCUUGAACUCUGAAAGUGCUGACAGAGUACUGUGGUUUUACUUCAUCAUGGCCAUUGUGUCCAACUGUGGUGCAGGUGUGGGCUUCAUGGUGUCGGCCGCGGUUCCGUCUGUGACCAUUGCACUGUCCAUUGUUCCGGGCCUUGUGAUGCCACAGCUGCUCUUGGCAGGUAUCUUCAUCAAGGUGGAUGACUUGGUUCAGCCCUUCAAUGCUCUCAGCUAUGUGAUGGUGGCCCGAUAUGCCGUGCAGGCAACUGUCACCAACGAGUUUGCUUGCACCGCGAAGCAGGACUGCGAUGCCUCAGUUUGGCGUCUUGGCGACCCCAAUCAGUGCAGCUCGUCUCCCUGCGAUUUUUGCUGCACGGCUCACGAGAAAUUGGCUUCUGGCGGGAUCUGUCCUACGCUGACCUGUGAUGAUGCGCUCCGCUUCUUGGCCAUGGAUGAGAUUUGGCCUCGCGGUGACAGCCACGAAGAGACAAUCUUCUACAACGUUGUGGCGCUGCUCUGCCUCCUGCUGUUCUUCCGUCUGCAAGGGUUGAACGUGUUGAUGAUGAGCUACCGGAAGGCUACCACAGGAAGAUGUCUGCCCUGCCGAUUUUCUCGUUCGAAAAGCGUCAGUUCUGAAGUGUCAGUUUGA